AUGCAAGCAGCUCGUCUCGCGACUCGGAAUACCACCGGCGACGGCGAGGAUGGACCGCAGCGUGCACCUAUCGACGCCCCGAUGACCACCGCCGCGACAGUCGAGCAAGAGACGGCUCACCCUCAACAGCCCGUAGGCGAGCCGAUGACGGCGAUGGAGCAGCCUAGGUUUCAGUCGCCCUCUUACGAGCACCUGGCGGCCCGGCAGAGCCGCAACAGCGCCAUCGCGGAUAAGAUGGGCGGCGGCCAGCAGCUAAAGGACCACACGACAGCCCAGCGCCGUCUUAUGCAGGAUUACCGCACCUUCCAACAAAACAUGGCCGAGGGCACCAACUCCGACAUCACAGCGCUGCCUGUCGAUGGUGACUUCUUCCACUGGCACGCCGUGAUUUCGGGCCCGUGCGACACGCCGUGGGAGGGCGGCCUCUUCAAACUAGACCUCAUCUUCGGCGACGACUACCCGUUCUCGCCGCCAAAGGUCCGCUUCCUCACCAAGGGCAUGUUUCACCCCAAUGUCUACGUCGACGGCAACAUAUGCAUGGACACACUGAAGGGCAACUGGCAGUCAUCCCUUAACCUAGAGACGCUGCUGAUAUCUAUUCAGUCCCUCCUGUCAGACCCAAACCCACUUUCGGCCGCCAACGGAGCGGCGGCGCGGCUCCUGACAGAGAAUCGCAGUGCCUACGAUGAAAAGAUACGCGCCUUAGUGGAGGAAAGCCUCGAGCAGAGCUUCUCUGUAGAUGGCGAUAGUGACGAUGCAGCGGUGAAUGGGGAAGACGUGUAG